AUGGCACGGCGGCGGUCCAGCGCGCAGGAACCUCGCUGGUCCAGCACGGACGCGGCGGCGAAGGCGCCGUGGCGGGUAAGGCGGCCCGCCACGCACCCCCUUCGCUUGCGCAGCGUGGUGGCGGAGGCCGUCAGCGCGGCGGUCUCGGCGGCAGUCGGCGCGGUGCUCGAGGACCGGGCGAAGGUGGCCGCUGCGCCGAAGGUGCCGGUGCCCAGUCAGGCUUGGUCAGUGGCCAGGCCCAAGCCGAGCCCGGCGCCUUUGAUGGCUCUCUGCGACGUGCCGCCCGGCCCACCGCCUGGGCAGUGGGGGCGUUCGCCGUCCCCGCUGAGGACGAUGACGGCAGCGGCGGCUCCGCAGAGCUCUGGGGGCUUGCGGGCGGUGCUCGCCGAGGUUCCAAGGCACCGUUCUCCCAGCGCGCAGUGGGCGAGCAGCUCGCUGUCUCGCAAGGCCAGGAAGGAGAAGAAGAAGGAGAAAAAGGACAAGAAGGAGAAGCGCAGCAAGGUGGGCAGCUCCCGCUCGAGGAGUCGGCCGAGGAGGCUGCGCUCGACGCCGAGGGAACCGCGGGAGUCUCCCUUGGAGUGGCGGGGUGCAGCGCCAACCGCGGGGUGGCAGCCGGCUGUGGCGUGA